CAGAUACUAGUCCACCACGAUAAGAUAGCGAUUAGAUAACCCCUCCCUCACCUGACUGCUCCUGGCUACACGACCAUUACCUGUCCACCGACAUACACCUGACCUCCUGUUUGUCCAUUUCGCCCAGACGUGAGAAGUCUCAUCCAAUAUGGCGGACAAGUACAACGAAUAUUCGCCGCCCCCUCAAGGCCCUCCACCACCGUACAACCAGCAGCCGGCCCCCGCAGGGUUCUCGCAACAAGUGAUGUACCCCCAUCCGGCCUCCACCAGCAGCACCACUGUGGUCACCAGCCAGCCGAUGGUCGCAGCCCAGCCCGUGAUCAUCGUGGCUGGGGCAAACUGUCCAGCCUGUAGGACCGGCAUCCUGAGGAAUGACUUCACCACAUGCGGCAUUGUGAUGGGCAUCUGCUUCUUCCCAAUCGGUCUCUUGUGCUGCUUCCUAAUGAUGGAGCGGCGUUGUUCCUACUGCGGGCUCACCUUUGCCUAACCUGACGCUACGAACGGGGAAGCGGUCGGCUGCCUCGAGGGACGGCCACACAGGACACCGGACGACGGCAUAUAGGUGUGGGCAGCGAUGACCGGCCGGCACAUGAGCUUCGUCUAAUGUGGAUUUGCAUUUGUUAUUUUACUCUCAUGAUUCGAAUAGGGGAAGUUAAGAGCCUAUCCUUCGUCCAUGGCAUUUCACUUUGCUACCUCCUAAGUCUGUAUAUACCAAGUCAAGUCACUCUGCUUCAAAACGGCGACCGGUACGCGCAGGAGGCGGGGUUUGGGGGCGGAGCAGCGGGAUGACGUCACUUGGAGCCAAAAGAAAAUAUACCCGCCAGUUCAGGGGUGACUAAAGUUGGGGCCGUGUGUGCACUCUGGAUGUGCAUGCUUGCUUUGUUUCACAGCGCGUUCAGGCAAAACACUGACGAAAAAAUAUGUCUUUUUAUUGUGCUAUUGCGUGACUGUAAUUCCAAUGCCUACAAACGGCGGUGUGGGGUGUGAGGGAGGGCAUGUUGAAGUGAUUGAUUUAAAUUAGUCCGCCUUUCCUCGUUUUCUCUAAAUCCCUGUUUCUACAUUCUCUAGUUUGGCUCCAAGCAACGUCACGCAUAAGCCACGCCUCGGCCGUGUCUCCUCCCACAAACCUGCGCGUGACAUGACUUGGUAUAUAUAGACUUUGGCUACCUCAAUGUAUCAGAGUCCCGGGCUGACACCUGAUUAGCUAGUCUGUUUGAGCGAAUGAUUGACUAGAAUCUACAUUGUCUGUGGUGAAUUUUGGGGUGACUAAAUUAUCUCAAGGACAACUCUUAUUUUCCUUCUUUUGUUUUGUUUUUUCUUUUAUAUUUAUUUCUUCUUCUUCUUCUUCUUCUUUUUCAUCUUUUACUUCUUCUGCUUCUUCUUCUUCUUCUUCUUUUAUCAGCUAUUAUUAUUAUUAUUAUUAUUAUUAUUAUUAUUAUUAUUAUUAUUAUUAUUAUUAUUAUUAUUAUUGUGAACCCUACCACCAAUACUGUUACAAACAUCAUUAUCAUCACUGCCAAUAUCGUUACUGCUAUCCUUGCAACUCUUCUUCCCGUCCGCUGCGAUUGGCACGGAUUUGGCCUUCACUGGUAGCCUGGUAACAUACACUCCCAGGUCUUUCUCUGCCUCUGUGAUGGAUAGUGGAGUGUUUCCCAUGUGGUAUUGGUGUGCUGGAUAUCCCUUCACUGGUAGCCUGGUAACAUACACUCCCAG